CGUGGACUCCUUUUGAAAGCUGGGCAGACACUUUGCCAAUCUCGACCUGUCUACCACAAGAAUAGCUCAUCCACCCCACUCGAUUGUUCUCCUGGCGUUCCAUCAUCCGGUAGAUAUACAAAUCCUCUGACAGGUACAGUACCUGGCCGAGCCAAUGUUGCCAAGCGGCGAGUGAGGAGGAAAUGAAGUCCAAAGUGGGAACCUUGGAAUUGCUGUCCACGGUCAUGCACUUUCCAUUAAUUUGAGCCACCAGACUCAUCCCUCCGGGAAUCUGUAUGUACUUGUACUUGUCGGUACACAGUACGGAAAACUCACUCGAGGAACACGUCAAAAAGCACCUAAAGCAGGAGCCCGAAUGCCAAUCAACUAUAAAGGAGCAGGCGGGAUUUCUCCAGCACAGGACGAAGAGAGGCCGUGACUCUUUCUGGCGCAUGGUGGACCCCACGCAUGAAAGUCAGAAGCCUGGCGUUCAUGCGGCCGCAUCGACCAGGCGAUUGCAUGAAAGCGCACAUGCAGUCUCCCAGGCUCUCGACGCGGGUAUCGCGCAGGAGAGGCACUUGUUUGAGUCCCGUCGCCGACACCAGUUCUGCUCGGAGAAGAAUCAACAGAGGUCAGAGAGGCGGAGCAGGCGGAUCCCGGGAAGCUCUGGAGUGGAUGAGACAUGGCUGUCUACCAAACAAAGCCAUGCGAAGCGAGCAGAAGAGACGCAGGGUAGGUAAGUACCGAUGGUAAACGGACGGCGGCCUUGAAUGGUUCGGAAUUGGCGCUCACCGUUCGAGGCUCUGGUAAGAACAACGGCACACGGU